CAAAAUGGCGGGCGUGUUAAAAAAGGUCAGUUGUUUACAAAUACGAUAAAUUCAUUUCGAAUCGCUUAUGUUUUCAAUCGUGCAAUCUUUAAAUUGAUUUACUCUUAUAUACUUGAAUAUAUUUGGGAUAUUCUAUGAUAUGUAACUAAGGAAGUUGUGCUCGAAUGCAAUUUAUUUACUUUUCUUCAACGUAAACUUUUUUUUCGUUUAAAACAGACGACUAAUUUAACUGGUCUUGCUGUGGCAGCAGACGCCAGAAAGACUCUGACUGUCUUGUAUGACAAGCUGUUAAGAACAUUAAAAAAGAUGCCCGACGAUGCUACGUAUAGAACAAGCACCGAAGAAAUAGUUAAGGAAAGAUUAGGAGUCGUUAAUAGUAACAAAAACGUUAGCGAUAUAGAAAAGAAAAUUAACUGCGGACAAGCCGAAGAGUUAAUCCUACAGGCGGAAAGGGAGUUGGAUUUGGCUCGAAAAUUUUUAGAGUGGCGUCCUUGGGAACCUAUGAAAGAGAAGGCGCCAGAAGGUCAAUGGAAAUGGCCCCACCCAUAAUUAACUUAAUGACUAUCGUAGAUACUUUAUUAUAU